AUGAAGACCUCUGCCUUGCUCUUGGGAACCGUUGCUCUAUUGGCUUUGUCUGCCAAUGCAAAGAAGCCCGAGGCCAAGAAACCAAACAUUGUGUUUAUCUUUACUGAUGACCAAGAUUACCGCAUGGACUCACUAGAUUACAUGCCCAAUGUUCAAAAGUAUUUGGUCAAGGAAGGUACUACUUUCAAGAACCAUUAUGCUACCAUUGCUGUCUGCUGUCCUAGCCGAGUGGGUCUCUUGAGAGGGCAAUACGCCCAUAAUACAAAUAUCACUGAUGUGUCCCCUCCUUAUGGUGGCUAUAACCGUUUCAAUACUUUAAAAUUGGGUGAAGACUAUCUUCCUCUUUGGUUGCAAAAGGCUGGUUACAAUACCAAUUACAUUGGUAAACUCAUGAACCAAUACUCUGUUCAAAAUUACAAUGCCCCUACUCCCUUAGGUUUUGACUUCCAAGAUCAACUAGUUGACCCUUAUACUUAUGUCUACAACACUGCCGUCUUUUCCACAAAUGGUGAAUACCCUGUAUUCUACAAGGACGUCUAUCAAACGGAUGUUAUCCACGCCAAAACCAAGGCCGCUCUUGACAGAGUCCAUGCUCAGGACGACCCUUUCUUCUUAUGGGUCGCACCCAUGGCACCCCACGGCCAGUUUGUCAUUGGAAGUGAUUACUCGGUUACUACGUCUCCUCCCGUUCCUGCUGCUCGUCAUGCCCAUCUUUUCAAGGACGUUAAAAUUCCUCGCACUCCCCAUUUCAACCCUGACAAGCAAGCCAAGACAGCUUCUUACUGGAAGACGCUUGAAAAGCUGAAUGCUACUCUUGUCGAAGAAUUUGACGAAGUCUACAGAAACCGUUUGCGUGCUUUGCAAUCUGUUGAUGAGAUUGUCGGUACCAUCUUUGAGAGACUUGAAAAAUCAGGCGAGUUGGACAACACCUACGUCGUGUAUAGUUCAGAUAAUGGUUACCAUCUUGGACAGCAUAGAUCUUACCCAGGCAAAUGUACAAACAUGGAGGAAGACAUCAACGUGCCUUUUAUAGUUCGAGGACCUGGAAUUGCCAAGGGAAAGGAGAGCCAUAUUGUCAGCUCUCAUCAUGAUUUAGCGCCUACAUUUUUAGCUCUAGCUCGUGGCGAUGAACAUGUUCCAUCUUGGGUUGACGGUGGUGUGAUUCCUUUGACUAAGGCUCUUCAAAAGCAUCCCAAGCCCGUGUCCAAAGAAAGUUUUGCUGUCGAGUUUUGGGGAUUGACACAAAUGACAGAAAACUACCCUACUGCUGCCCCUGAAGGACCUAAUACAUACAAGACUCUCCGCGUCAUUUCUGAAGAUUACGAUUAUUCUUACGCUGUCUGGUGCACGGGCGAGCAUGAGCUUUACGAUUUGAAAAGGGACCCCUAUGAAUUGAAGAACCUCUAUAGCAAUGCCAACGCACAACUUGUGAAUAGAUUGGAUGCUCUCCUACUUGUGUUGAAGUCUUGUCGUGCUGAGAGCUGUCGUGAUCCUUGGAGAGUGCUUCAUCCUAAUGAUAAGUCUGUCAAGACAUUACAAGAUGCUUUGCAUAAGAAGUAUGAUGCCCACUACAAGCAAUACAAAUCUGUCAAGUUUGAAGAAUGUCUUGGUUUCUUGCUAACCUCCAACGAGGUUCCUGAAAUUGGAUCUCACUUCAAAACCAAUGCUACCUUGUCUCGUCGCAAGUUCCAUUCUGAAAAAGCAGACCAACUGGUCAUUGAUAGCCUUAUCAAAAGAGCCACCACUGAAGAAAAGAGCAGCAAGGUUUACAUCCCAGCCGAGUAUCAUGAUCUUUUCAAGUUGAUCCCAGAGGCAUCUAUGAAUGCAGGCCAUCAACCUGUAGGAGACGAUUUUGAAUCCUCUGCACAAAAAGUACCAAAGAAGUUGGUAGAAGCAGAUGUCAACUGGGCUGCUUAUGGCUUCUAUAGCACUGGAAGUUAA